AAUUUUGUGCAGGUGCAAUUUUUGACAGACUUUAUCUCAAUUUUGUGGACUGACUAGGAUCGAAUUAGACCCAAAAGAAAAUCCCCAACCCUAGCUCCCCCGUCCCUACCACGCCGCCGGCGCCUCUGCCGCUCCCAUCCGCCGCCGCGCUGCAGCCCCUCCACCCGCCGCCGCGCUGCUCAUAGGCGUCGAUUCCGCCGUGCAAGAGGACACCUCCGUGCGUUCGCGGCCUCCCAGCUCGCGCCGCCCCGCCUCCAGCUCGCCGCCUCACCCAAGAAGAAGAACAAGAGGAAGAGACCGAACCCCGUCCCCCGGCAUGAAGAGCUUCCCGGUGUCCGGCGGCCGCAGCGUCUCCCUCGCCCUCUUCUCCGAUGUCUCCAACAGCCGGGAGCUCCUGGAGCUGAUGCAGUCGGGGACGCUGGAGCCGGAGGCCGCCUUCAUCAACGCGUCGCUGGUGCCGGACGUGUUCCCGGUCCUCGCGGCGGCGCACAAGGCGCUGCUCUCCAAGUCGAGGGAGGCGCUGACCACCAGGACCCUGCACUCGGAGCUCGUCUACAACUACUCCGGCUCCAAGCAUAUCACAGAGUCCCUGAAGCGAUGCGGUAUCGCUGAUGACAUGCAGUAUAUCCUCGCGGCUCGGUUCGAUGCUUCGGAUGAGGAGAUGAAAGCAGUGGAAAAACUCAUAAGCGGAACUGAGAUUGAUCUAUCAGAACUGGAAACAAGAGCAGACCAGCCAAAGAUUCUGAAGCAAUACAAAAUAACACCCCAAGAACUAUCAAUUUCCACAGUACCAGAGGCAAUCGUGUGCAGGAUUGCUGCUCGAGACGCCCUCUGAGGUCUUAAUCGACAGCGGACAGAAGACUUUUUGCAGCAGCACAGUUGAAUUCUCCCGAUGAACAGCGCAACAGUUGCACCUCUCCUUCAAAGUUGCCUGUGGCGGGUUGUUUCAAGCUUGAACUUAAUGGAGCGAAUACUAAUUGCAUGUAGUGCUGGGUGUUGUAGCAACAGUUUAAUAUUGGUAUGGUUCACACAGGCUCACAGCUGAGUGUUUUCUAUCAUCAGCUCAUUAAAAUUUCGUGCAAUAAUCUGUGCAAAAUUUGUGACCUAGGUUCACUUGUUUCAUGGAUUCAUGCACGUAAUAUGGUGGGUUACCACCGGUAGUGAUUUCUACCUGUCGCCAUAUAUGUACUAUUGUCUCCCUGUGUUGUGUCAAAACGAAGUAUGAACAGGACAAUGUUCCUACAUCGUGCCAGUUUGUGAGCAUAGCCUGAACUGUUUCCUGCAAAUUCUACAUGGAUUUCCUACAAGUCCAUUGCCCA